AUGUCAGUCGCCGAGUCUCAAGGGCCCGAGGUCCAGCCUUACUGGUGGACAACUAGUGGGCGCGACCUCGCCCGUAUGCUGAAAGAGGCACAGUAUCCCGAAGAUGCACAGCGCCAAUUCCUGCAUUUCUUCAAAGAAACCAUCUGUCCGCAGUUGGGUGGUCCUCCAGCAGAGGAUUCUGUCCGAAGCGGCGUCGGCUGGGACGGCAACCCCUUCGAAUACAGCUUCGAGCUUAAAAGCUCCAGCGACACCCAGGCGGUCCGGUUUGUCGUCGAUCUCAGUUCCCUACGACCAGCCGACGAGACCAAUCCGCUUGGCAUCAAGAACUUUGAGGCGGUCCUGGGCGCACUCGUGGAGCGCACGCCUAGCUUUGACGACACCUGGUAUCGAUCACUGCGCGAAUGGUUCGUACAUGCACACCGGCCCACUAUCGAGCAGAAAAAGCUGGUGGCGCAGGUGGGAUACCAAAUGCCCAUGAUCCUUGGAUUCGACAUUUCUCGACAUUUACCGGUACCAGAUGCCAUCCCCGUCAUGGCUAAGGUCUACUUCCCUCCGUGUUUCACUGCGGCUGCAGAGGGUAUCACACGCUGGGAGGCUGUGCGUCGGGGCGUAAUGCAACUCCCCGAUAUAAAGUCUCAUCCUAACAUCCUGCUCUCGCUCGAUUUGAUCCAGGAGUACCUGGACACCAAGCCCAAGGAGUACGAGAAUGGGCCCCGCUAUCUCGCAACCGACUUUGUGACGACCGAGAAGGCGCGCCUGAAGAUCUACAUGCGGCAUCCAGCGGAGUCCUUUGACGAUAUCUGGGACUACUACACCCUGGGUGGCAGGAUUCCAGGCCUGGAUGAAGACAAGGACCGCUUUCGCGAGCUCAUGGCAUUCACCUCGUACAAUCCUGAUAUCAGCAAAGCCCAAAAUGACCAAACUCACUACACCGCGGUGCAGAGGAAGAUGACGGCCAUCUAUUUCUCGCUUUCCACGGAUAAUCCCAUCCCUGCGCCGAAGAUCUGCUUCUAUCCCGCCAAUUUUGCGGCCAACGACGAGUCUAUUGGACAGGGUGUGGAUGAAUGGCUGCAGAAGUACGGAUGGAACCAAAGGAGUAAGUCGAUGACAGAUAGAGUGCAGGAUGUUUUUACGCACCGGGGGCUGCACGAGAAGACAGGCAUCUUCACCUUCUUAGGGCUUGGUCGCAAAGAGGACCCGGCAAAGAGGGACUUGAGCAUGCAGAUAUAUGUAACAGGGGAGUUGUAUAGCACUCCACGUCCGUGA